CAUCAUCCCAAACUAUUUACAUAUUAUUACUUCAAAGCAUCCAGCGCGAGGUUAUUGAAUGGAUAUAACUUUCUGUAUUGAUCACAUCUUUCGUCUGUACAUCAUAAAACGACGAGAAGUUAUGUUGAAAGGGAGACUCGAAAUCGAAUGAGUCGCAUACAUAGUACCCCUCACCUCAUCCCGGACUACCAAGCAUCAUUUGAUAUAAUCAAAUCAACAAAAGAAAAUUAUUGAGCACCCGCGCAUGAAAAUCCCCAAACUCACAACUCAUUCCCUAACAUUCCUCAUACCAAUCCUCAUAUUCCAUCAAACCGAUCCAACCAACGCAAUACUCCAAGUCUCCACAAAGAUCACAUUAUCACCCAUCAACCUCCUCACAUAUUUACCGCGCUUUGCGCAUAUAAAUGAUACGGAAGCUAGACAAGAAAUAACACAUCAUAAUACAAUGGCGUGGACAUGUUCGGGUCGUUCUAAUGGGGAGUUGAUAUCUAAGAUGUGGAAUGCGCGGUUGAUUCUUAGUGAGAGGGUUAGGGAUGCUAUGAUUUCUGUAUGAAUCUUUUGUUACUUAUAGCCAUUGUUCAUUUAUCAUCUUCCUAUAUUUCACUCUUAAUUUCCUUUCAAAGAUAGUGCUAACAACAAAUCAGGUAGAUCGCGCUCAUUUUACCCCCUCGCAACACCUAGCCUAUGAAGAUUCUCCCCAGUCUAUCGGUUACUCAGCUACCAUUUCCGCACCUCAUAUGCACGCUUCCGCUCUUGAAAAUCUCCUCCCAUUUCUAGGAGAGGGAAAAAGAGUUUUGGAUGUUGGAAGCGGAAGUGGAUAUUUAACUGCUGUUAUGGCAGAACUUGUAUUUCCCUCCACUUCAUCUUCAUCAUCUGAUACCUCGAGUGAGCGUCCCGGAGAUGUGAAAAAGAAAAGUGGAAAAGUGGUAGGGUUGGAACAUAUUAGAGCAUUGAGAAAUAUAGGAGAGACUAAUAUGAUGAAGAGUGAGAAAGGAAGAAAAUGGUUACAGGAGAAGAAAGUCGAAUUUGUAGUUGGAGAUGGAAGACAGGGAUGGAUAGAUCCUGAUGGGGAGGAAGGAUGGGAUGCUAUACAUGUUGGAGCAGCGGCGAUGGAAAUCCACGAGGCUUUGAUUCAGCAGUUGAGAUGUCCUGGUCGGUAAGUUUGAUGAGAUUAUUUUACGUUUAUCUUUCUCUAUUCUUAUAUUUCCUGAUGAAUCGAGCUAAGUAAUAUCACAAAAUAGUAUGUUCAUACCAGUUGAAGACUCCAAGGGACUCGGUCAAUAUAUUUGGCUCGUGGAUAAAGAUCGAGAGGGAAAAGUAUCAGAGGAGAAGUUGUACGGAGUGAGAUAUGUUCCUUUGACUGAUGCACCGAGGACAAUAUCUGAUUUGUGAUAUUGUGGAUUGUUGGUAUUUGUACACGGGUAGGAUAUAGGAGUGGAAAUAUCGAAGGGGCUUAGGAGGAUACUAGGAAAUUCUUUGGAGUAUGGUGAUAGUAAUGCAGGAAAUUGAAUUUGAUAUAAAUGAAUAGAUGAAUAAAUAAAUAAAUGAAUACUCUUUUAAAAUAAUAAUAAUAAUAA